AUGAGUUCACAGAUACAGAAUGCUUCGUCCAGUUUGGAGCAUUUACAGCCGCCCAAGAAGAAAGCCAGAUUGGGGAACGUUAAACCCAACCAGGACGUUCUAUCUACUCCUCUGAUACGCCAUGAAGGGCCAAUCGAGAUUAAAAAACACACAAAGAUACAGGGCAAAAUCAGCAGUGUUCUGAAUGUUUUGGUGGAAGAUGGAAGAGAAAACAACGGUUUUGAGGAGGUGAAGCUCAUGGCCAUUUCGGAGAGUGUACAGAAGCUGCUUACUGUGGUUGAGAUAGUUAAGCAGAAAGUUGAAUACAUUUCAAACAAACAGAGGAAGAAGAAGAACACGACAGCCGCUUCCACUGAGUCGCAGAGGGUAAUAGUGAUCGGAAAUCAAGGGGCUAUUGGUGCCGACAGGAUACGAUACGACUCUUUCCACCAGUACAACCGGCUGGAGUUUUUCGAGGUGAAAAAGCAGCCCCGGCCGACUAAGAGACAGAGGAAAAAACACACUAAACCAGAUGGGACUGAUUAUGAUCUCGAGGAGUGGGGUGAGCUACUGAUUGACACAACAAUCAAGAAGCCCAUUCUCUACAUCAUGCUCAGGUUUUUCAACUCGAAGGAGCCAAUUGACAAAGACGAGACCUUGAUUAGCGAGGGAUGGACAUUCCAAGAAUGA